AGGAGAAAAGAGAGAGAAAAAUAGCGUGUGAACUUAGCUGCUGUUUUAUGUAACAUGUAAAAAAAGUUGACAGUUUUUUUUUCAGAGGUCAUUAACUUUGUAUAGGUUUAUAACGGUUUUUAAUAGAGUAUGACCUCUGAGUGGUCGGUCAGUAGAUCCCAGUAAAUCUUGUCCAACGAGCUUCCUCGCUUUUCUACAAGCGUUUGACUCAUUAAACCAGUGAAGCUCAUGAACUGACCAGUGACUGUACCUGAGGAUCCUUUUCACGGAUGGGAAACUUCACGUCUGCUGGGAGGUUUACAACCCCGACAUGUACUCAAUUUAUACAGGAUGUGGUGUCUCAUAACUGCGUUGUUAUAUUCUCCAAGACGACGUGUCCAUACUGCAAGAUGGCCAAGAACGUCUUUAAUCAAAUAGGAGCGACGUAUAAGGUCAUUGAACUGGAUGAACAUCGUGACGGCCAACAGCUUCAAGAGGCUUUAACGCAAAUGUCCGGUGCAAAAACGGUUCCAAGAGUUUUUGUCAAUGGACGGUGCAUUGGCGGAGGAUCUGAUACACGGCAGCUUCAUGAACAGGGAAAACUGGUGCCGCUCAUUCAGAUGUGUAACCCGUGCUGCCUGAAUAAUGCUGCAGAGGGAUCAGGGAGUGGGCACGACACUUCAUAAUUAUUCUAUAAUUUAUGCACGAUUUUAGUCCUUCUGCAUACCAGAACUGGAAAAAAGCUAGUGACCAGCAUCAGGCAUUUAUUAUUUUGAUGUACUUUCAUUUAAGUGGUCCUACCUCAGCUAUUUAAUUUUGUAUAGUUUUUAAAAUAAAGUAAUAGUGCAGUCAUUGCAUUUUUCUGCAUACUAUUGCCUCUUACAGUUAGGGAUGUUUAGUGGUUGUGGUUUAAACAGAUUUGGUUAACAUGAUGCACCUGAUGCUAAAUUGCAGAAGAAUUUUGAUCAUCCAAAAAAAAAAGAAAAAGAAUUUUUGCUAUCACAAGGUCAUCAAUUAGAAAGACAAAAUUGAGUGGCAAAAUUCAGCUACAAUGUAUGUUCAGAGAUGCUGCUUAAUAAAAUCCACCUUUGAUUCAGUUCAGAUUCCUGAUAAGGUAACAAUCGCCUCUGUUUGAACCCAGUGCUUAAAUGCUCACUGCAUAAAGAUAACGGAAAGUACAAAGAUCGAAACCAGGUUAAAACACAAUGUAAUGUAAACCAGAGCAACUCAUAUUGUUUAUAUUGCCACUUGGUACUCUGCUGAACACAAACAAGUGUAGACACAUCAGGAAUGUUUUGGGAUUGAACUGAACUGGUUUAUUGACUUUUAAUCUACACAAAAUAGUUGAAUAUACAGUUAUUAUAAAACAAUAUUCUCAUUAAAGACCUGAGUCAUUACA